AUUCGGUUAUGGAGUGGAAUCGAGUGGAACCUGCUGGAAGGAAUUAAUGACGCUCAGCAAAGUUCCGCUGUGGAGCAAAAUGUGCAAUUAUGCCCCCUGGUGGCUGUGGGCGGCAUAGAGCAGUGUGAUUGGACACUUCAAUUAAAACUGCCAGGAUGUCAUUGCUUUGAUGUUUUUUUAUGUUGUCAACAUUACAGUCAUGGAACAGAACAAAGAGGUCACAAACAGGAAGUAGUGCUUGUUUCUAAAGCUAAUGCUAUCAUCCCCUGGCCGAUGUGUGAUCAGCAGGUCAGGCUGGCCGAUGAGACGUUUUAGCGCCUCCUUGUGGUGUGGAGGAAUGAGGGCGUCUGGAUGAAGGCCAUGGAGCUGAAAGUGUGGGUGGACGGCGUGCAGCGCAUCGUGUGCGGCGUCACAGAGUUCACCACGUGCCAGGAGGUGGUCAUCGCGUUGGCACAAGCUAUCGGCCGCACUGGCAGAUACACAUUAAUUGAGAAAUGGCGGGAAACAGAGCGCCACCUGGCCCCCAACGAGAACCCUGUGGUGUCCCUCAACAAGUGGGGCCAGUACGCCAGCGACGUCCAGCUCAUCCUCCAGCGGACCGGCCCGUCUGUAAGCGAGCGGCCCAACUCGGACGGGCUGGCGCGUGCGCCCGAGCGCGCCUUCUACCGCCAGAGCCUGCCACCUUUGGCCAAACUGCGGCCAUCAGCGGCGGACCGCUCACUUAAGCGAAGGGAGCCCAAACGCAAGUCUUUGACCUUCAGUGGAGGAGCGAGAGGUCUGAGGGAGAUAUUUGGGAGAAGCAGAGACACGGAAGCUAAACAGGCCCAGCAGCGUGGCGUGAGCUUGAACCUAACCCGGGUCCUUGGUGGCAGCAGUGGUGGGGCCUCGGUCCCAGGGAGUCCAGCCCGCGAGCUGGGCCGACUGGUGCAGCUCCAGCGAGACAAACUCCAAGUCCUGGAAAGCCGCCUGCUGGGCUGCGAGGCCGAGCUGCGAGACUGGGAGGAGGCCAGUGAGGAUGGAAACCUGGAGGAGGAGCUGCUGCUGUUGGAGCAGCAGGUGAGGAGGAACGACGCCGAGAUGGAGGAGGAGGAAUUCUGGCAGAACGAGCUGAGCAUCGAGCAGGAGAAUGAGCGGCAACUCCGGCAACAGCUGGCCGAGCUGCAGGCCCGCGUACGCGACUGCGAGGGCAAGCUGGCGGAAUACUUGGCGCGCACACAGAGCAUGGAGGCCGCCCUGGAGGAGGAACGCCUGCAGCAGGAGGACGAGCUGAGUCACAUGAUCAAUGAGGAGGAGUUGGAGGCCCAGCUGGGGAAGGUGACUGCAGAGCUGGAUGCGCAGGGCCAACACACAGCUCGCCUGGAGAACGGCUGCAGGGUGUUGGAGCGCUCGCUCGGACAGUCCAGCAAGAAACUACAGGAGAAGGAGCAGGAGCUGGAGCAGCUGACCAAAGAGCUUCGACAGGUCAACCUGCAGCAGUUCAUUCAGCAGACUGGCACCAAGGUCACCGUGCUGCCUGCUCUACCGGCCGGCGACGACAACAACAACUUUGAGAUGGACUGUGGCUCUUUGAGACGUCUCUUACCCAGCGACCUGCGCUCCCUGCAGAGCACCACCACCUCCAGCCUCAACCCUGAAGGCAUCUACGUUUGACCUUCAACUUUCAAAACACUUGGCGAUGGGCGGCGGGUACCUACAAUCGCACGCCCCACAAACUGCCUAAAAAAGAAUUGUAGGACACUCUUUUCUGGGCUGCCUCUUCCACAUUAGGACUCCAAGUGAUGUCAGACACUGCAAGAAUGUUUUUUUUUUUUAAAUUAUCGGAAUGCUAACAACCAUCAAGAGUAGAGAAGAUAUCAGGAUGUCAACAAUGCAUAUGCACGGGCAUGCACACACCACCAUGUUCAUAUUUGAUUGCCUUACGCUGAUGUGUUUAACGCACACAACAAGUCAACUCAAAGUAGCCAGCAAACACAUCAUUUUACGUAGAAAGAGAAUAUAGUCAGGGGAUUUAUUAGCUCAGCUUUGGGCGAUUCCAUUUUGAUUUGCUGUAAAAUUCCUAUGAGAGUAAUGGAGGAAAACGGACUUCUUUAGCUUAGCUCCAUUUUUGCUUUGUAAUGCCCGAAAGCCUUUAAUAUCCCCUUUUUGUUGCAGUCUUAACACUUUCUCCCUCAUUUUGGAGUGAUGGAGGCUUCUUGAGCUGCAGGCUUGAUCGUUAGCCAACGUCACACCCAGGUUGGCCACCAGGUGGUAGCAAAGUCAAGAUAAUUCACACUAAAGUUUUUGCAUUUUUUUCAAACUCUAAAAACACUUGUAGCAGUAGCUCCAAAAGUGCAUCCUAAUGUGUAAGCAGGGACUCUGUAGUGUUUUUAACUAAACAAAAGAUGUCUACUAUGAACCAAAGCUAGUGUGACAAAACAUUCAAGGAGAUAUUAGAUGAAUGUAUUUUUUUACGCACCCGACAAAGCAUCCACUUGAAAACAGCAAGGCUAGAUGUCACCUGCUCUGUGGCCUCUUUAUAACAGCUAAAUGUAUGCAUUUGGAGAGACGCCUGCUUGCUCUCUUCGUUAGAUUUCAACUAAAACACAUCAGAGGAUGAUAUAGUAGUGACUGACUAAAAAACAGCAUGCCUUACUGAGAGGAAACUGUAAAUAACAUUUACAUGUCAUUCAAAUAGACCUCAUCCAUAUGCAAAAAAAAAGGUUUGUUUUGCUUUGGAAGAUGGCAAAAAUGAAACCGGGUGUACAGAUAUCGCCUGUAAUUGAUUUCUGUUGUGCCAUUUUCAAUAAAAAUACAAAAAUGAUCCAUUCCGCUGGUGAUUCUCCUCGGCAGGAAAGGUGGAUUAAAGUUUUGUGGGUCUAGAAAGUAUCGCAACCUUUUUUGUUGACAGGCGAAAGCACCGGUGACCCUCCACGGAUAAAAACAACUUAAUUUUUAAUGUCUUUUUCGGACAAAAAGCAGACACAAUUUCAACUUUGGAGGAGUUGGGAAAGUUUGCCCAUCAGUGCGGUCUAUAGCCGUCAUAUUUCAACUUUAUAGCCGGGUCAAGGGGGGCUCUGAUUACAUCUGUCACCUUUUCACCUUCCCACAAAAAGCUAAUCCUGUCAUACAGCGUCGGCUGACCCCCCCUUUUUCGGAUUAUUAUUGCACUUUUUAGCAGCCCAAUUAAGACUACACGGGGUGGAACCAUAGAUCAGUAUCCGCAUACAGGGGACAGUAUAAGAAUGUGACAGCAUCUCCAUAGAGGGACAUGGAAAACCAUAAGAUCUAUUACCUUUUAUUGCAUCACGAGAUAGAUUGAAUUACUGUGUUUACACUAAGAUGGAUAAUGCUAGUGUGUGUGUGUGUGUGUGUGUGUGUGUGUGUGAGGCCUGGCUGCCAUUAAAUAGCCCCUUGGCCCCUCUCCUGAAUCUGUUUACUCUGCACUGGGCAUGCGAGUAAACAGAUGGGCAUCCAUGAAUUAUGGAAAUGACGACGGCUUUGAUUAACCAGCGCACACUUUUUGUGGGAUAAAAGUAACUUGGGAGCCGCCACGGUGUCACUCACUCACGACAAAACAUGUUUGUGUACGUUAAGUACUCGUUUUCUGAGGGGGAUUUUUGUCUGUAUUGAGUAGACACAAGGUAUUAGCGCACAGAUUAGCGCUCCAAAGCUUGACUUGUUUGAUUCCAUACAUUCUACUCUGUAGGGACGCCGCCAUCUGCUGGAUUUGGCCGGUUACUGCAUCAUUUGGGCCCCAGUGCAAGUGGACUGGAAUGGUGAAAAGUGGCUUAUGUCGGCACCUUUAAUCACAUCGCUGCAUGUUUAGUUCUUAUCUUUGCCUCCUUGCCUCCAUGUACUGGAUUUGGUGGGUUACUGCACUGCUUGAACAUAAUGCAAGUGGACUGCAAACGGAAAAACACUCUAGUGUGUGUCUUUACCUCCUCCUACUGGUUUUGGCAGGUUACUGCAUGAUUUGGCCCCAGUGCAAGUGGACUGGAAUGGUGAAAAGUGACAUGUCCGCACAUUUAAUCACAUGGUUUCAUGUAACUAUGACAAUCACAUGGUUUCAUGUAACUAUGACAAACCGUAAAGACAACCCUCUAGUGCUUGUCUUUGCCUCCGUCUACUGGUCUUGGCUGGUUACUGCAUCAUUUCACCCCAAUGCAAGUGGACUGUAACAGCAAAUACUGACAAUAAA